UUCACCUGCCUACAAAUAAUUUUUCAUUUUGUUUCAAUGAAUAGUUAUUUUUUUAUUUUUGCAUUCCGUACGCGUUUUGCUGUGAAAUAUCCGGAUUUUUUUUGUUACGAAAAUUUCAACAAGAAGUAAAAGAGCUAAUGGGCGGUGAGCCGAUGGGUGGUGGAAGGUCAGUUAUUUCUCCUCAUCCGCAACACAAACCGCAAGAAAAAUUGCCGAAGACCUCUUACUUUUGCUGCAACAGGACGCAGUAUGUACCUGAUGAAGUUGAUAGAAAAAGUCUUCGUCGAGAAGCUAAAACUUGGUCAGUGAAUUUUGAAGGAAUGCUACACCAUCCAAUUGGACGGAAAGUGUUUCAAGAUUUUUUGCACUCUCAAUUCAGCGAUGAGAAUCUAAGAUUUUGGAUUGAGGUUGAUCAAUACAAAACAAUGACGUUAUCAGAAAGAAAGAUCAAAGCGCUAUCGCUUUUUAACAACUUUAUUUCAAAUACUUCGCCCUUUGAGGUUAGUUUAAACGCAAAUCACAAAGCUGAAAUAGAGAAAGGAUUAAAGGAAGCUCACGAAGAUCUUUUCAAGUCUGCACAAGCUUAUAUAUUUAAUCUUAUGUAUAGAGACUGUUUACCCAGAUUUCUUCGCUCAAAGACUUACAAAAGACUUUGCAGAUAAAAAGAAAUAUUUCUUAGGUUAUUGACAACUAUCCAAAAGUAAUAUUUUGUAACAUUGAUGCAAUUUUUUAGUAUUAGUGUAAAUUUUGGUGCGAAUUUUAUCGCAUUAGUGUAAAUUUUAUUGGUUUUUUUAUGGCGUUUGUGUAAUUUUUUGCUCAUAAGUGAAAAAAAAUUCGGUCUCAAUCA